UCAGUCAAUUCCCUGUAUAAUCAAUACUUCCGGGAGAUAUGUGUCAACACGAAAAUAAAUAGCAUACAAUUUUUGUUUGUGUGUUCGAAUAAAUCAGACAUGGCAAACAUUUUCAUAGCUGGGUUUGGAGUCUUAAGUGUUUUAUGUGCAGCUUUAUUCCUGUAUACAAGAACCGCAGUUCCGACAAUCAGUGAUGCAGCAUUUAAACAGUUCCAGCGUGUCUACCUUGUCGUUUACAUGCUUGCAAUGGCUGGUGACUGGUUACAAGGACCUCAUGUGUAUGCUUUGUAUGAGAGUUAUGGGAUGACAACACACCAGAUUGAAGUCCUGUUUGUUGCAGGCUUUGGAUCCAGUAUGAUAUUUGGAACUAUUAUUGGUUCAAUAGCUGAUAAGUUUGGCAGAAGAAAUAACUGUAUUAUCUAUGGUAUACUGUAUGGUGGAGCUUGUAUAACAAAGCAUUUUAACAGUUUCUGGGUCCUGAUGUUGGGACGUCUGUUGGGAGGCAUUGCCACUUCAAUCCUGUACAGUGCUUUUGAAUCCUGGAUGAUAUAUGAGCAUACCAAGAGAGGUUUUGAACAGGAAUCAUUGGGUACAGUAUUCAGCCAUGCUGUAUUGGGAAACUCCUUGGUAGCCAUCGUAGCAGGUUUGGUGGCACAAUUCUUUGCAGACAGAUUUGGAUUUGUUGCACCAUUUGAUGUGGCAUUGACAGUUUUAAUGAUCAUGACAGUUAUUGUUGUGUUCACUUGGACAGAAAACUAUGGUGAUAGAACUACAAAUAUUGGACACAGUUUUUCCGAAGCCUGGAAAUCUAUAAGAACAGAUCCAAAGAUAUUAUGUUUAGGAAUGAUCCAGUCCUUGUUUGAAGGAUCUAUGUAUAUAUUUGUCCUAGAAUGGACCCCAGCACUUACCCCAUCAGAGCCCAGUACAACAGGGACUGCAAGGCGACUGUUAGCAGCAUCAUCUGAAACCAUACCUCAUGGUCAUAUAUUUGCUGGUUUUAUGGUUUCCAUUAUGAUAGGAUCUUCAUUAUUUAAGUUACUGUCAAAGUAUUCAUCUGUAGAAUCUUUCAUGAGAUUUGUAUUAGUAAUAGCAUCAGCAUCAUUAGCCACUCCCAUCAUUUUUAAAGGCAAUCAAUUGGUAGUAUUUAUUGGUUUCCUGGUAUUUGAGUGCUGUGUAGGAAUAUUUUGGCCAUCUCUGGGGCAGAUGAGAGGAAAAUAUGUACCAGAGGAAACCAGAGCCACCAUAAUGAACUUCUUCAGAAUUCCAUUGAACAUGAUAGUAGUUGCCAUUUUACUACAGAAUUUACAGAUGAAGGUGAUAUUCCAGUGCUGUGUAGGAUUUCUAUUUUUAGCUGCAUUGUCACAACAAUGGCUAUUCAGUAUGGUAAAAUCUGUGAAUCCUGGGAGUAGUGUUUUUAAAGCUUGAGUUAUAAGUUUGCAUACAUCAGAAUCUCAGAAACCAGUAAUAAAAGGAGGAGUAUUGAUGAGACCAGGUGGUAAUCCAUCUCAGGAGAAAGAUUCAGUAGUAGAAAAGGAACCACUUGUAUAGAUCGUCUGUUGACAUUAUAAAGUGAUUCUGAGGGUUAUCAUAUUAUGGUAUUCUGAAUGUAUUUCUAAUUUUUUGUUGUCUAGAAGAUUUUUAUUAUGAAAUGCAUUUUUUGUAUUAUUAAGAAGUUUUCAACAUUGAAAAUAUUGGUGGUCUAUAUAAUUAUCAGUAUACAAUCUGCUGUUCUAAGUAUUGUCAAACUAUUUUGAUUUGCAACCUUUAUAAAUGAUAGGUAAGUUAUAAAUAAUGAUAUUAUGAAAAGUCAUGGAAAUUUCUUUUUCUUAUUUAUAAGCCCAAUGCUUUGAUAAGAUUAACCUACAAAAUUUUGUAUCCGGCUUUGUACCUUGAACUUUAGUACUCAUUCAUACAUACAGCCUGUCAAAUGACUAUGCCUUAAUAUUUUAAAUGAGACAAAUCAUAAAUUCAUCUAUGUGAAUAUGUCAAACUUUUCUGACAUACGUUAUUUCUAAUUUAGAAUAAUAAAGUUAUAUAUUUUUUACUUGCCAUAAAGUUAUAAUAAUUUCUUAGAUUAUCUCAGAAGGCUGCAGAUUGUUCAGUGCAAUUUUCACAAUGAAAGGAAUGAUAUGAUAAUGUCAAUUUAGCCACUUGAAUUUGAAAUUGAAAAAUGUAGUAAAUACAACCUUCAGAUGUUCAUGUUUAAGACUAAAUAUCCAAUUGUUUUUCAAACAGUUGCAAGAAAGAAAUUUCAUAAUGGUCAAUAUAUGAGCUGUGUCAGAUAGAAAUUGACUUUAUGCAAAUGAAUAUCAAUGCAUCUGUUUAGGGUUGAAAAAAAUCUCUUUGGAAUGUCUGUAACUGUUUGAAAAUUGAGUUGUUAUAAAAAAAUAUCUACAAAACAGACCAAAAGGCAUCUUUCAUUUCGUAUUUGAAUGUUCCAAAAUCAAUCAAAGUCUUAUUCAUGUACAUGUAUAGGUGGCAUAAGGUCGAUUUCUAUCUGACACAGCUCAUAUCAUUCAUAUUGUUGUCAAGAAGAUUAAAACAUUUUACAUAUAUUAUUCAAAGUCCCCCUAUAAGAUAAAUUUCUAUUUAUAUAAUCAUGAUUACAUUUGAAACAUAGUAAUAAAAAAUGAUUUGUUGAACAUAAGAUGAUAUAGUUCAUGUGAUAUUUGUAUUUUUUGUAUAAUUUUUUAUUGUUUUUGAGUUUAUUAGAUACAUUUAUGCUUUGUUUAAAAUUAAGAGUAGAACUAAAUAUGUAUUUUUGCACUCAGAGGUUAGAGACGUAUUAUUACUUUGUAUUUUUUCACUCAAAUUUUAAUAUAAGAAACAAUCUGUUCACCAGAUUCUAUUUUUCAUAUUUUGUUAUUGAGAAUUGUUAAAAUUUAUGAACUUAUUAGUUAGCCACAUUUCAGGUAAUAAAGAAAAAUAAUGACAUGUAUGAAAAAUAAAGCAAUAGUGGAUUUAUAAAAUAAGAUUAUUAAUUUAUUAUAGAAAUUUUCCUAAACUAAUUAGCAUUUCUUAUAAUACCGACGAUGCGAGACCUUCAUGGGUAGUCAAGGUCAUUAAACACCCCUGUAGUAGUUGUUAUAUGUACAAGAACCUCGGUGGUCACAUUGUUUAAGUAGUUUAUCUGCAGCCAUCACUAGCCUGUCAGCGCUGAGUAUGUGGGUUCAAGCUCCACUCAUUUCAGGUGCGUUCGACUCCUAAUUUGAUUGAUUAGAAUUGCAAGUUUUCCUGUCGCACCAAAAAAAACUGUCUGCCACGAUAUAUCCAAGGGUGCUGAAAGUGGCAUAAAACAACAUCAAUCAUAAAAAUAUGUACAGUUUCUUGAUGAAAUAGAUAUAGUACAUUGUUUAAAUCAAAUCUUCAAAAACAAACUCUUUUAAUUCAAAAUACAAAAAAUGUAGUAAAUUUUUUAGUUGUUGAAUCCUUUCGACAUUUCUAGAUCAAUGGAGACCUUAUUCACAUCUUUACAGCACAUCUAUUUGAUUAUAAUCACUGAGAUUGUAAUCAAGUUAAAGAAAAACAUAGACCAGCAGAAAAUAUGCCAUCUAGUGUAAACCAACUUUUUUUCACACCUUUCAUUAGGGGAUUAAUAAUGCGAAUAUAAAUUGUCGCGAAAGUAUAAAACUUUAAUCCUCACUUGAAAUAUAAAACAUUAAGAAAAAAUUAAUCGCUGUGAAGUAAGCCAGAGAUAUUAAAGCAAAAUAAAGUAUAUGAGAAAAUGGUUUACAGUAUUAAAAAGAGGAACAAUUUCAUUAAAAAAUCUGGAUAAAGUAAAUUCACUGAAAUGUGGCAACUUUACUUAAUGAUUUUAACACGAUGAAUAUAAUUCAAUAACAGUUUUAACUUCUUAUCACAAUAAGAUUAUUUUGUUGUUUUUGAAACAAUUACAGUUGAAAUUGUAGUAAAAGUUUUUGGAGUGCUUUUUGCAUCAAUGAGACGGAAGGAAAUAUUGUGCUCUAUUUCUAAACAUGGCAAUUUCAAUCUUUGAUUUUACUGUUGCAAAGUCAAUUCUCCAGUUAUGCGUUUUUUGAGCGGGAAAACAUUUGCAGCUGCAAAAUCUAUGAUUGACUCUAGUAUUGAAAUAAAUUGCAGUUAUUCAUAUUCUAAUGCAGUUGUUAAAGCGUGCCUGCUAAUUGAAAUUUUGAAUAAAUUGAAAUGCCACAGAGCAUCCAGCAGGUGAAGUGUUAAUUUAAACCCCCUUAGAAUAUAUGAGGUCAUCCAUAAAAAAAUUCUUACAGAAAAGAAUUGCAUUAGAAUAAAAUAUUGUUGUAAGUUAUAUUAACUAUUUUUGUUUGGAGUCCUGUAUUUUAACAAAUGAUUUCUGAUGCAAGGAAAGAGACUUCAGUGGCCUUUUUAAGGCAAUUAAUAUAAAAGCUGUUUUUCCUUCAUAUAUUUCUGUGCUUAUCCAACUUGAAAAAAGGUUUUGGCCUAUUGGUAAAGUGGAAGGGCAAAGUCUUUUUUUAUAUCAAGUGUUGUGAUAAUUACUGGAUUAAACCAAAAUGCACUAUACAAAGUUUCAAAUUUAUAGAUGGUUACUUGUUAUAUAUCAAUGUAGAAUUGUAUUUUUUGAUAACAAGAAAUUAUUGUUUAAGGUGAUGUUAAUGUUAUGAAUUCAUUUGGGAAAAAAUAAAAUUGGAACUUGU